GUCACGACGGGCGCCGCCGCCCCUGCGCGGUCUGGAGGCGACGCGGGGAGAACCGGUCUUCCCCUGAGCCACCAUGAGCAAGCGGAACCAGGUGUCCUACGUGCGGCCCGCCGAGCCGGCGUUCCUGGCCCGCUUCAAGGAGCGCGUCGGCUACAGGGAAGGGCCCACCGUGGAGACCAAGAGGAUCCAGCCUCAGCUCCCAGAUGAAGAUGGUGACCACAGUGACAAAGAAGAUGAACAGCCUCAAGUGGUGGUUUUAAAAAAGGGAGACCUGUCAGCUGAAGAAGUCAUGAAAAUUAAAGCAGAAAUAAAGGCUGCCAAAGCAGAUGAAGAACCAGCUUCAGCUGAUGGAAGAAUCAUGUAUCGAAAACCAGUCAAGCGUUCCCCAGAUGAAAAGUACUCAGGUUUAACAGCAAGCUCAAAAAAGAAAAAGACAAGCGAAGAUGAAAUAAAUAAGCAGGAACCAGUUAAAAAGAACUCACAAAAGCAAAUCAAAAACAGUAGCCUCCUUUCUUUUGACAGUGACGAUGAAAAUUAAUAAGUAUAAGCAUUUUGGACUUAGUCUUCAGGAGCAUUCGGGGUGUUUUUAAAAAUAAUAUUUUCCUAUUAUAAAGAUAAUACAAGUGCAUUAUGGAAAAUUUAGAAAAUGCAAAAAAAA